GGAAAGGAAAGCAGAUUCAGGCUUCCAGGGGCAGCAAACACAGAGAAGUUUGCCCAGCCUGUGAGUUCUUCUCUUCUGCUGAGUCGCUUGUGUAGCAGCCCCCUUCGGGGAGCUAGACGCACCAAGCCCAGAUCCCAUCGCCCUGCUGCACCACACCUGGACAGCACAGCCACGCACUGUCUCCCGGACAGUGGCUCCUGGAGCCACAGACUCCUUCAGUACUUCCAGCAUUGGCUCAGCAGCAAUGUCCACAAUGGCCAAACUGUGGAAGGAGCCUCGGUGUCCAUCGAAAGAUGAAUGGAUAAAGAAGAUGUGGUUUAUGUAUAUAAUGGAAUAUUACUCAGCCAUUAGAAACGACAAAUACCCACCAUUUGCUUCGAAGUGGAUGGAACUGGAGGGUAUUAUGCUGAGUGAAGUCACUGCUUCGGGUACCAUUCCUCUGACCAACUCUGCAAGCUCUAAAGAAAAUGAUGUGGCAUCCAGUCAAGUCACUGCUUCCAGACCUGUUCCACUGACUAACUCUAUCAACUCUGAAGAAAAUAAUGAGACAUACGCUCAGAGGUACCUGGAAAACUUUUACGGUUUUGUGAUGGACAGAAUUCCAAAGGCAAAAAUGGGAGUUAAUGGGAACUUUAUGGAGGAUAAAAUCCAGGAGAUGCAGAAGUUCUUAGGGCUAAAAGUAACUGGGAAACUGGAUGCAUCUACUCUGGAUAUGAUGCACAUGCCUCGAUGCGGACUGCCUGAUGUUCAUCACUUCUCGAGGAUGCAAGGGAGACCAGUAUGGAAGAAACAUUUAAUUACCUACAGAAUAAAUAACUACACUCCUGACAUGCAGCCUGAAGAUGUUGACUAUGCCAUCCAGAAAGCUUUUCAAGUAUGGAGUAAUGUGACCCCCCUGAAAUUCAGGAAGGUUAAUUCAGGAGAGGCUGAUAUUAUGAUACUUUUUGCAUCUAGAGCUCAUGGAGACUUCAGCCCUUUUGAUGGCAGAGGUGGCAUCAUAGCCCAUGCUUUUGGACCUGGACCUGGGAUUGGGGGAGACACGCAUUUUGAUGAGGCUGAAAUCUGGACUAAAACCUACAAAGGCACAAACUUGUUCCUGGUUGCUGUCCAUGAGCUCGGUCAUUCCUUGGGUCUUGGCCAUUCCAGUGAUCCAAAAGCCAUCAUGUUCCCUACUUACAGUUAUGUUAACCCCAACACCUUUCACCUCUCUGCUGAUGAUAUACAAGGCAUUCAAUCUCUCUAUGGAGGUCCAGGAAAACACCAACUCCCAUCAAAUACAGAUGGUACAGAAUCAGACAACUGUGACUCCAAUUUGAGUUUUGAUGCUGUUACUACAGUAGGAGAUAAAAUAUUUUUCUUUAAAGACAGAUUCUUGUGGUGGAGGCAUCCAGAGAGUCCAAAGAACAGUGUUACUUUAAUUUCUUCUUUGUGGCCAACCUUACCAUCUGGCAUUCAAGCUGCUUAUGAAAUUGGAGCCAGAAAUCAAGUUUUUCUUUUUAAAGAUGAUAAGUACUGGUUAAUUAGCAAUAUGAGACCACAGCCACACUAUCCCAAGAACAUACAUUCUUUGGGCUUUCCUGACUCUGUGAAAAAAAUUGAUGCAGCUGUUUUUAACCCACUUCUCUAUAAGACCUACUUCUUUGUAGAUAAUCAAUUUUGGAGGUAUGAUGAGAAGACACAAUUCAUGGACCCUGGUUAUCCCAAAUUGAUUACCAAAUACUUCCCAGGAAUUAGACCUACAAUUGAUGCAGUCUACUAUUAUAACAGACACUACUAUUUCUUCCAAGGACCUGACAUAUUUGAAUAUGAUGUCAUAUCCCAUCGUAUCACCAAAAGGCCGAAACAAAAUAUCAUGUCAGGUUGUUAGGAAUGGUAUAAUUAGUGAUGUUGGUCAAUUCACUUCAGUUUAAUUAUUGCAUACUUGCUAUGUGCCCAGUAUACAUGAACAAUGACAUGUGUCAUGAAAUAAGGUAAAAUCCGUAGGCCAUAGAUAAAUUAUCACAUAUAUACUUUGGAGAGUACAUUGGAGAAUAUAUAUAUAUAUAUAUAUAUAUUCCUAUACUGUCACUAUACUAUAUGUAAGGUUUUUUAAUUUUGAAAAUCAUCAUUGUCAAUUUUUACUUGAUUCAACUAUUAGGCUUGAAAACAGACACUUUUUCUUUCAAGGGGCAACAUAAUAUUUUGGUCCUUAAACAUCUCAAAACUGAGAAAUUAUCAUUAUUUCUUUGCCUUAACUACCAUUAAGAAAUGAUUAGUUUCUGUGGCCAUCAAAUCUUUCAGCAAGUAUAUAAUUUUAAUUCUUUUGAAAUACAAACAUAAUAUACCAGAAA